GCAGGCGGGCCGGGGGACUCUGGAGAGCGGAGCGGAGGCCGAGGAGUAGCUGGAGUGGCCGCGAGGGGCGGGAGCAGCGGCGUUCCGUGGGGCGCUUCGGAGUCCCGGGAGGGUCUGGAGCGCUCGUCCCGCCCUUUCUGUGUCUGUCGCCCCCACUCGCCAGGCGACUCCUGUCGUCCCCAGGUCGCCACUCCUGCUUUCAGAAGAGGAGCCGCAGGAUGCGCGGGGACGCGCCGCCGCCCUCCGCGCCCAGUUCUGCCAGCGCUUCCCCUGCGGCUCCGCGCCGCUGACGCUCGGGGGAACGCGUUCCCGGGCCGGUCUGAGCUGCGAGCUGCUCCCGGCUCCCUCGGCUCGACCGCGGGACCCUAGACCCUGGACACCGAACCCGGAUCCCCGGACCCCGAUUCCCAGAUCCAGACCCCCGGACCGGGACCCAGGUCUCCGAUCUCGGGACCCAAUCCGGAUCCCUAGACCCCGCACCCGGGACACCGGCCCAGACCUGCUGCUCUCGCCCUAGCCCCGGCGCGGACAAUAAAUUAAUGCUUCGCGCGUGAGGGGAGGAGGCGGCUCGGCUCCAGCUUUCUCGCCUGACUGGAGACGGUUACAGCAGACAUGGGCUGUUUCUGCGCUGUUCCGGAAGAAUUUUACUGCGAAGUUUUGCUCCUGGAUGAGUCCAAGUUAACCCUCACCACCCAGCAGCAGGGCAUCAAGAAGUCAACAAAAGGUUCCAUUGUCCUUGACCAUGUAUUCCGUCACGUAAACCUCGUGGAGAUAGAUUACUUUGGGCUGCGUUACUGUGACAGAAACCAUCAGACAUAUUGGCUGGAUCCUGCAAAAACUCUUGCUGAGCACAAAGAACUAAUCAACACUGGACCUCCAUAUACUUUGUAUUUUGGUAUUAAAUUCUAUGCUGAAGAUCCAUGUAAGCUAAAAGAAGAAAUAACCAGAUAUCAGUUUUUCUUGCAGGUGAAGCAAGAUGUCCUUCAGGGCCGACUGCCCUGCCCUGUCAAUAUCGCUGCUCAGCUGGGAGCAUAUGCCAUCCAGUCUGAACUUGGAGACUAUGACCCUUAUAAGCAUACUGCGGGAUAUGUGUCAGAGUACCGGUUUGUCCCUGACCAGAAGGAAGAACUGGAGGAAGCCAUUGAGAGGAUUCAUAAAACCCUAAUGGGUCAGGCUCCUUCUGAAGCUGAGCUCAAUUACUUGAGGACUGCCAAAUCCCUGGAGAUGUAUGGUGUCGACCUCCAUCCUGUCUAUGGAGAAAACAAGUCUGAGUAUUUCUUAGGAUUAACUCCAGUUGGUGUUGUUGUCUAUAAGAAUAAAAAGCAAGUGGGAAAGUAUUUCUGGCCUCGGAUUACAAAGGUGCAUUUCAAGGAAACUCAAUUUGAACUCAGAGUACUGGGAAAAGAUUGUAAUGAAACUUCAUUUUUUUUCGAAGCUCGGAGUAAAACUGUUUGCAAGCACCUUUGGAAGUGCAGUGUAGAGCAUCACACAUUUUUUAGAAUGCCAGAAACAGAAUCAAAUUCAUUGUCACGGAAACUCAGCAAGUUCGGAUCUGUAAGUUAUAAACACCGGUACAGUGGCAGGACAGCUUUGCAAAUGAGCCGAGAUCUUUCUAUCCAGCUUCCCCGACCUGAUCAGAAUGUGGCAAGAAGCCGAAGCAAGACUUACCCUAAGAGAAUAGCGCAAACACAGCCAGUUGGAUCAAACAACACAAGUCGGAUAACGGCAAACACAGAAAAUGGGGAGAAUGAAGGAACAACCAAAAUUAUUGCACCUUCACCAGUAAAAAGCUUUAAGAAAGCAAAGAACGAAAACAGCCCUGACACCCAAAGAAGCAAACCUCAUGCACCAUGGGAAGAAAAUGGACCCCAGAGUGGACUCUACAACUCUCCUGGUGACCGCACUAAGUCCCCGAAAUUCCCCUGUGCUCGCCGCCGGAACCCAUCCUGUGGGAGCGACAAUGACUUGGGGCAGCCCAUGAGGAGAAGGAAAGCCCAUAACAGUGGUGAAGACUCAGAUCUAAAGCAGAGGAGGAGGUCACGCUCACGCUGUAACACAAGUAGUGGUAGCGAAUCAGAGAAUUCUAACAGAGAGCAUCGGAAAAAGCGAAACAGAAUACGACAGGAGAAUGAUAUGGUUGAUUCAGCGCCUCAGUGGGAAGCUGUAUUAAGGAGACAAAAGGAAAAAAGCCAAGUGGACCCUAACAACAGGCGAUCCAGACACAGAUCUCGCUCAAGAAGCCCCGAUAUCCAAGCAAAAGAAGAGCUGUGGAAGCACAUUCAAAAGGAACUUGUGGAUCCAUCUGGAUUGUCAGAAGAGCAGUUGAAAGAGAUUCCAUACACUAAAAUAGAGACUCAGGGUGACCCAGUCCGCAUCAGGCAUUCUCAUUCUCCACGGAGUUACCGGCAGUACCGCAGGUCCCAGUGUUCAGAUGGAGAGAGGUCCGUUCUCUCAGAAGUGAACUCAAAAACAGAUCUUGUGCCACCGCUUCCGGUGACCCGUUCGUCAGAUGCUCAGGGUUCUGGUGGCUCUACAGUUCAUCAGAGAAGAAAUGGGUCUAAAGACAGCCUGAUUGAAGAAAAAGCUCAGCUCUCUACAAGCAACCUGGCUGGAAAACACACAGCAAAAACAGUAAAAACUAUCCAAGCUGCCCGCCUCAAGACAGAGACUUGAUCCUGGUGAAGGGCCAGGGUGGAAGUGGACGAGUCUGUGCGCCACUGGUACUUCUGAAACUGUGAAUUAGACAAUUAUCCAAGUAUCCUGGACACCUUUUUAGCACAAUAAGCAUCUUUUGCUUCCUUAAAGGUUUAACUACAGCAUUCUUGUGCUGCGGGGCCUUUUAACUGGAAAUGUCCUUGAAACCCUAUCCAAGUCCAUGUGUCUGACUGCUGCUACAGCCAGGGACAAUGCUUCUGCAGAGCCCAUUGGACUCUUUUUGACUGUAGCUGUGCCAUGCACUAGUAUACCAAGCUGGAGUUCACUCUAGGCGUUCUCCUGGCGUUGUGUGAAGGUGCAGCAGGACUGACAUCACUGACUGCAGUGGUUAUUCCCUUAAAGGUGUUUGUAAUAUAGUAUUUUGUGGCAUUAAGUUCCAUUGGUUAUUUACAAAUGACGUAAAAAGCUGUUUUUAUGUGUUGCUUUGUAAUUUCUUAAGUGUCUUUGUCAUGUGUUUUCUGAAGUGUGCAUUCUAAUUGUCUCCAAUUGUGCCUGGCCACCUGUCUCCCUAGUGUUUUGGACCUUUCCACUGUGCAAAAUUAAAACUGGGAAAACUUACAAACCCUAAGAAUGCUCUCCAGGGCUGCAUCAACCAAGACUAUCUUUCCCACAGCCUCCCUGGGAUUCUUCUGCUUCCUCAUGUAUUCAGGACCUUCACUUUCCGCCACCUAUCACUACAGCUGAGUAAUUCUCCUUUCAAUCCAGGAAUGUCUCUAGGCUAUAACCUUCCAGUUCCCAAGCUAAAUUUGAGGACUACCUUCACCAUACCCAUUUAAAACCUCCUUGAAUAGGAGACUGGGGAAGAUGGCUCAGUUGGUACAAAGUGCUUGCCAACCAAGCAGGUUGUACCUCUGGCCUCACAAUCAAACCAGAUCAAAGCUCUCUACUAGUGAAGCUGUGUCACUAACUUCAAAACCUCCUAGGCACCAACACUACGCCUUCUCUGCCUUUAUUUGCUUCUACAUCUGACCACCACCCUUUUCAGCUCCACUGACCUCUUGCUUUUUCACCUAAGGACCUUCAAGCCUUAAGUGGUCUAGUCUCUACCUCCCCUUCAGCCCCUGCACUUGCCAGCUUACAAUCCUGGGCAUUCAACCUACAGCCAGAGUAAAGGGAAAUGCAGCCUCUGCUGCCAGACAAGCAGAGUUCUGGUCACAGGGCUUUUCUUCUAGGUCAACGUGCAAUGGCACUACCCUCACUCAGCUGCCUUCUCAGGCUUCCUCAGCUUGGUCAAAUCCCCUCGUGGGGUCCAUCUCACAUAGAAACGCUACACCUCUCUACUGUACUGCACUUUAAACCUUAUUGCUCCUACUGCUUGCUCUUUCCUGCUAAUAAGCAAAGGGAGAAGACCCCUCCCGCUUGGUUAAUUGUGGAGUUCUGGUUUGGCUGUUAUGUAUGAGCCCAUAGAAAGAAGCACUUGUCUUUGGGCCUUGGUGCCUAUGACAACACUAAUUUCAGAUAAGAUUUAACAUAAAUUUGAAGUUGGUGGUGGGAGGGGGGGAAGAGA